GUUUUAGUUAGGUUUGAGAAUCCUAAACAAUUGGAUAAGGAAAACCCAGUCUACAUUCCCAAGAACAAUAUCUCUAUAAUAUUGCCCUCGUUUUCUUCGCAGCUUUCUCCUUCUUCUUCAUCAUCAUCAUCGCUUGGAGAAACUCGUAUUUGUCUUUCUUGGAUACUCUGCUCUCUUAAACUCCCAAUUCUCUCUCUUUGCAAGCAUCAAAUCCAUUAUCACGUCAAAAAUGUCAAAGAAAGAUGUAGCAUUCAUUGGGUCAAUCGAUCAAGGAACCACCAGCACCAGAUUCAUAAUUUACGAUCACAAUGCUAGCUCUAUCGGAUCUCACCAGGUCGAGUUCACCCAGUUUUACCCUCAAGCCGGAUGGGUGGAGCAUGAUGCAAUGGAGAUACUGGAGAGUGUACGGAUGUGUAUGGCCAAGGCAGUGGACAAGGCCACAGCUGGUGGCCAUAAUGUUGACGGUGCAUUGAAAGCAAUUGGGCUCACUAAUCAGAGAGAGACUGCUAUAAUUUGGAGCAAAUCUACUGGUGUUCCUCUUUAUAAUGCCAUUGUUUGGAUGGAUGCUCGAACCAGUGCCAUUUGCAGGAAAUUGGAGAAAGAAUUAUCUGGAGGAAGAACUCAUUUCGUUCAAACUUGUGGUCUGCCAAUAAGUACAUACUUCAGUGCAUUAAAGAUAUUGUGGUUGAUGGAAAAUGUGGAUGUUGUUAAACAGGCUAUCAAAAAAGGAGAUGCUCUAUUUGGAACCGUAGAUUCUUGGCUAAUCUGGAAUUUAACUGGUGGAGUAAAGGGCGGCUUGCAUGUGACUGAUGUCUCUAAUGCAUCUCGAACCAUGCUCAUGAAUAUCAAAACUCUUGAUUGGGAUAAACCCACAUUGCAGACCCUAGGAAUUCCUGCUGAAAUUCUGCCCAAAAUUGUAAGCAAUUCUGAGAUUAUUGGAAAUGUUGGUAAGGGAUGGCCAGUUGCUGGUGUUCCAAUUUCAGGAUGUCUAGGUGACCAACACGCUGCAAUGUUAGGACAAGCAUGUAGAAAGGGUGAGGCCAAAAGCACUUAUGGAACUGGUGCUUUCAUACUCCUCAACACUGGUGAAAAUGUAAUUCACUCAAAGCAUGGGCUUCUAACCACUUUGGCUUUUAAGCUUGGCCCAAAAGCACCCACUAAUUAUGCUUUAGAGGGUUCAAUUGCUAUUGCUGGAGCUGCAGUUCAAUGGCUUAGAGAUAGUCUUGGAAUAAUUAGUAGUGCAAGUGAGAUUGAGGAACUUGCAAAGCAGGUUGACUCAACUGGUGGGGUAUAUUUUGUGCCCGCUUUUAAUGGACUGUUUGCUCCAUGGUGGCGUGAUGAUGCUCGUGGGGUUUGCAUUGGGAUCACAAGAUUUACAAAUAAGUCUCAUAUUGCUCGUGCAGUACUUGAAAGCAUGUGUUUUCAAGUUAAAGAUGUAUUGGACUCAAUGCACAAAGAUGCAGGGGAAAAGGGUGAAAACAGGAAUGCAAAGGGGGAGUUUUUGCUUAGAGUGGAUGGUGGUGCAACUGUUAACAACCUUCUGAUGCAAUUGCAGGCGGACUUGUUGGGAUCUCCAGUUGUGAGACCUGCUGAUAUAGAGACAACAGCUCUUGGAGCGGCCUAUGCUGCUGGUUUGGCUGUGGGGAUUUGGAAAGAGGAGGAGAUAUUUGCUUCUGGAGAAAAGGCUAAGACGGAUACCAUUUUCCGCCCCUUAAUAGAUGAAGAGCUAAGGAAGAAGAGGGCGGAUUCUUGGUUCAAAGCCGUGGAAAGGACUUUUAGCUUGGCUGAUCUUUCAAUAUGAAAAACUUCAUGGUGGUGCUGCUGUAUGCCCCUUUUCUUUCCCCUUAUCUUUCCAUUUAAAUGACUAAGAUAAAUCCUUAAUAGAUAAAUUGUUAAUUCCUAUGUUAAUAUUGAUGUGGAUUCUGAAAUAAUAAAUUUGAUUAGCCAGUUGUUUUA